AGAGUAGAAAAAGACACGAGGGAGGAUUUCAAUUCCCGAUACCCAACACGCUACCAUCACCGGCAAAUUAAAUAAGAAAAAAAAUAGAUUAUCCUCCCGUCCAUUAUGAAAAUUAAGUACUAACCGUCCUUUGAAAAACCUGAUGGUGCAUUUGCAUUUCAUUGAUCAUCAAGAAGAGCUGAGAACUCGGGAUUAUGGCUAUCCUACCACGCACCUCUCUGUCUCUCUUCUUCUUCUUCAGUUUCUCUCUUUACAGUUCAUACAAAACACAUGUUAGGGUAUCAUCUCAACCUGAGCGGGCUAGCUUUCCACCUCGAGGUUGGAACUCUUAUGAUUCCUUUUGCUGGAUUGUUUCUGAAGAAGACUUCCUGCAAAGUGCCGAAAUCAUCUCUCAUCGUCUAAAGCCUUAUGGGUAUGAGUAUGCAGUGGUAGAUUACCUCUGGUAUAGGAGAGAUGUUCCAGGUGCUUCAACAGAUUCUCGUGGAUUUGAUGUAAUUGAUGGAUGGGGGAGGUUGAUCCCUGAUCCAGUCAGAUGGCCCUCAUCCAAGGGGGGGUUCACAGAAAUAGCCAAGAAAGUUCACGGCAUGGGUUUGAAGUUUGGGAUUCACAUUAUGAGAGGAUUAAGUAGACAGGCAUAUGAUGCGAACACCCCUAUCUUGGAUACUACCAAGGGAGGUGCUUAUGAAGAGUCUGGACGACGAUGGCGGGCAAAAGAUAUAGGGAUCAAGGAGAGGUCUUGUGCCUGGAUGCCACAUGGUUUCAUGAGUGUAAAUACUAAGUUGGGAGCAGGAAGAGCCUUCUUGAGGUCACUUUAUGAACAGUAUGCCGAGUGGGGUGUUGAUUUUGUGAAGCAUGAUUGUGUAUUCGGUGAUGACUUGGAUGUAGAUGAAAUAACGUUUGUGUCAGAGGUUCUGCAAAAGCUUGAUCGUCCCAUGCUGUAUUCUUUGUCUCCUGGAACCAGCGCGUCACCAACCAUAGCAAAAGAUAUAAGUGGAUUGGUAAACAUGUACAGGGUCACUGGGGAUGAUUGGGAUACAUGGGGAGACGUUGCAGCUCAUUUUGAUGUUGCAAGGGACUUCGCUGCUGCUAAUAAGAUUGGUGCCAAGGGCUUGCUGGGGAGGUCAUGGCCUGACUUAGAUAUGCUACCCUUGGGAUGGCUUACAGAUCCAGGUUCUAACAGGGGACCAUACAGAAUGUGCAACCUUAAUCUAGAUGAACAAAAAACUCAGAUGACUUUGUGGGCAAUGGUCAGAUCCCCUCUCAUGUUUGGAGGAGAUGUUAGAAAGCUUGAUGAGACCACAUACAGUUUGAUCACGAAUCCCUUUGUUCUGGAAAUAAAUUCUUUUAGCAUGAACAAUAUGGAGUUUCCUUAUGUUACUGGUACGAAGGGUUCUAUACAUAAGACCAUGGCUCUCAGCCAACUAUCAAGAAAAUGUUUGAAGGAAGUUGUAUCACGUACACGAUUUCUGGGUCUCACUAGCUGCAAUAAUCCCAAAGUUAAUGGAUGGUUAGUUGAAGCUCUUGACGAUCUUGACCAGAUAUGCUGGAAAGAGAACGUGCGAAGCCACGAACCUUUAUGCCUAUACAAGCGAAAACCUCUUUUGGCUUCUGAUGAACAGUUAAUUUACAAUCAAGGAGAGCUCCAUUUAUUAGCCAGUGAUGGAAUGGAGUUUUGCUUGGAUGCUUCUUCAAGACAGAAGCGUACUUCAAAAGAACUAAAGAGCAGUUCCUUCUCCCCCUGCAGAUCAGAUGCCAAUCAGAUGUGGGAGUUAAACAAUAAUGGAUCCCUUAUCAGCAGCUAUUCUGGUCUGUGUGCAACUGUGAACUCAAUUGACGCUAAAGUUGGUAACAGUGGAGUUCGCUCUUGGAUUGCCACUGGAAGAAAAGGAGAAAUUUAUGUCGCACUUUUCAAUCUGAACUCGGUGAAGACAGUAAUAUCAGCGAAGACAUCAGACAUGGCUAAGGUACUUCCUGGGAGAAACUUUAAUGGGACAUCAUGCCACGGCAGAGAAGUUUGGAGUGGAAAAGAUUUUGGAAAAAUAGAAGAUUUAAUAUCAAUGGAGGUAGAGGUGCAUGGCUGUGCAUUGUUCGUCGUCAACUGUCGCUAGUGUAAACCGACACGGCAGAGUUUGUUUCCUUGCCAUCCCUUUCUUUUCCGUUUCUUCUUCACUCUCUGUUAUUGUAUGAGCGAAAAGAAGAGGUGGCUGUUGUGUCAAACGCAAUGAAGUUAAGUUCCAUUUAAGUUGGAGCAGCCAAAAUUUGAUAA